GAGGAAGCUGUUAAAUCGUCCCGAGGCCCAUUUAUGAAGCACAGAAACCAUCGCCACCGCCAGGAAGGAUGUGCAAUCAGCAGGCGCCGGCUGUGCUCUUCGGUUUGUUUCAACACUCAAUCAAUGGAUCCGUGAGUUGUAUUUAAACGGAGAUAGCUCUAGUCAGUUUCGUUCUAAAGUUUUUCUUCUUGGAGCAUUUGGUUUGUAACGCAGCUUGCUCGAUCCUCGUCAUGGCCAAAGCAGUGGUAGCGAUGGCAAUGCUGGUGCUGGUGCUCGCGUGUUAUGCCGAGGCUGCUUGCAGCAACAAUUACAUUCAGCUGGCUGGCUGCCUGAAUGCGGUGAGCAGCAGCGCUGGCUACCCGGGCAGCUCGUGCUGCACUGCCGUCUCCCACUUCAAGAACGAUGUAAACUGCCUGUGCAGCACGCUGGUGGCAGCCAAAAACGCCGGAGUCAUCCGUAACAUGCCCAACGCUCUCACCGUGCCCAAGCGCUGCGGCUUCAAGAACAACAUCCCCAAGAACUUCCGCUGCGCUGGCUACAAGGUGGGAAGCUAAGCAGCCAUACCGGCUGGAAAGCUAAACAGCGUAUAGCAAGAGAAUAAAGGGACGCGCGUUUCUUGCAAGAACAGGGAACACAAGAGCGAGAGUGUUGCUCUGUUGCAUGCGUUUAUCUCGACGUGACGAGAGCUAUACUGUAAUCUAGCUAGACUGGAGUAGCAAAAUUCACGGCCUCCUCAAA